GUUUAGGUUCUGUGCAAUUUAUAUGCUGAAUUAACGAGUGGCUCACACAUAUACUAAUGAAACAUAGGUGGUCGGACCGCCUGUGUGUUGAAAUUUUUUCGAGUGAUAUUCUAAACAAAGAAUAAGCACUCUAUUCGUGUGAACGGAGCCAUCUCGCUGCAGGAGGAAAAAUAUAUUUGUCAUACUUAUCGAACCGAGCUUAUACGCGUCGAUUUACCUAUACAUAGAGGAUGUUUUCUUCUGUGUGAAUAGACUACCAAAGUCCCCAAGGGUAUAAGAACUGUAACACCGAAGGCAUACCCGCAUCGGCCUUGCAUUUGUGUGUGGGUCUGCUAUUGUGUGUGUGUUUGGCGAAAUAGUACUAAGCAGCCGGGUCGCAAAUAUCUGCACAGGCAAGAUGCGAUGCAGGAUCUAAUUUUAGCAUUUUUAGUUCGGUUCACUCGGUGGCUAUUACGCGUCUAGACGCGACUCAACCUGGUAUAAUGGAAUCGUUAAGUGCAGAAACUCGGGGCGAAAUCUACGAGAAACUGUGGACUAGGAUGCCUCGGUUGAAUCCAGGUCCAGUAGGCAGUUUUCGGAUCGACGAUUUCAUCUCUCUUAUUAAGCGUUAUCCCAUCAUUUACAAUCGAGUCGAUAAGCACAACAAGCAGGAAUAUUCUGAUACAUGGGACCAUCUGGAAGCCAUAUUGAAAACGCCAAAAAAAUUUCUGAUGAUGAAAUGGAAAGGCCUUCGUGAUAACUUCCGGGUGGAACUGAAGAAAGAAUACUAUUCCACACCGGAAAAUCGUUACAUUUCUAAAUGGGUUCACUACAAAAAGCUUUCCUUUCUUAAGGAACAGGUUCUGCAAACUCUGGAUCAGAAGCUAGAAAAUGAUAGUCAAGACGAAUUGAAUCAUAUAAUUCAGUUCGUUCAGAAUGCAACCGAAGACAAUCCACCCAUGGCCGGUGGUGAACGAGUUAGCGAACAUUCCUAUGCAAACAGUGAUCAAGAUUUGCGAGAAUUGAUGAAAAUCAAGCAGGAACGCGACGACUCUGAUGACGCUCAUGAAACAGCUGACGAAGCUGAAUUUUCUUUUAGUCAUUUCCAAGAACCAGAACAUUCGUACACGACAGAUGUUGCCAAAGUUAAUCCACUUCCAGAAAUCACCAUCACUUCGAAGAUUAUUUCACCGUCGACAAACUCCAAUGAACCGAUCAAUCUACAUCGCAAGAGGCGAUCUCAAGAAUCUCAGGAUUUUUACGGAUCUCCAUUGAAAAGUCACUUAAAGCCGUUCGGAAUUCCUCAAGACGACGAUUAUCACUUUCUGAUGAGUAUUCACCCCUACUUGAAACAGCUACCGUUACCGAUCAAACUCAAAGUUCGACUGCAAAUACAGCAAGUUUUGUUUAAUGAGUUGAUGAAACAACCAAUUGCUAACGACGUAGAUUAAUUUUAAGGAUCUAUUAUUGUUUUAGUCUAAGACGUACGUUUUGCUGUACGAAUCGAAGCCAAAUGUAUUCUUUGAUCUCCGAGAAAGUGCUGAAUAUCUUAAAAUUGAAUUAUUAA